AUGGACAGCACAAGUACAGGGAGACGCAUCCUGCCGCUGCCGAAGCGCAGAGUCGCCAGUCUCUCUUCAGCAUCACUAGCAGAGCAUGGCACGAGCCAGCAUCGACAGGGCCAAGGCGAGGAGGAAGCACUAGCAGUGACUGCAGCCACUGGGCGGCCGCCGCUCUUCUCCCGGGCAUUGCAUCAAGGAAUGGGACUCAUACAUCAGCAGCAUGGAGGACGCCAUGACGCGGCCAGCGAGGGUGACUCGGAGGACGACGAGGGAGGAGCUGCACGGGCAGGCGGCGACGAGGAGCAGGAGCAAGACGAGGAAGAGGACGAGGACGAGUGCAGCGGAUGCCGGGACUGGCUCGACAAUGUGAAGAACAAGAAGAAGCGCAAGAUACCGACCUCUGCAGUCAUGGGACACAGCAGCAGCCAUGCGGGGAGUACAGCAACGGCGGUUCCUUUCGCAUCGACACUGGGACAAGGAUUGCAUAUGGCGAGACAGCGAGCAAGUCUGAGUGUGAAGCAGCAUCAGCAGCAACAGCAACAGAUGCUCUCGAGACGGCGGCGGACUUGGGAUGUCUCUACUGCUGCUGCUGCUGGGGAAGGUCUUGGGCCAGGAGGAUCAAGGUCUCUGGACAAGACGACGACGACGACCGCACCAGACAUUUCCCUUCCUUCAAAGCCCUUCGACUUCAGCUGCGACUCGCCCAUCGCCCGCAACCUGCCCACAGCAGCACCAGAGCACAUACCCGCCCAGGCACAGCAGCCCAUCAGCGUCGCUACACAGACAACGCCAAGUCUCGCAGACAGCUCACCCGUCGUCAUGCCCCUCAGACCCAACAAGACACCCUCAGAGAAGAGCGAAGACCGUGUCCGUCUCGUUCGCCGGCAACGCAGAGAACUCAAGGCAAAGCUCAAACCAGGCGAGACACCACCCCUUUGGAUCUGUCAGUUUUGUGAGUUUGAGAGUAUCUUUGGGUAUGCACCCUUGGCACUGAUUGAUGGGUACAACGAGCGCAUGCGGAGUGCACGAAGAGCAGCGCAGGAGAGAGCACGCUUGUUAGAGAAGGCACGGUCAAAGGGCAAGAAGAAGAAGAAGAAGGCUGCUGCAACGACUCCUUCAUCCUCAGCAACGCCUGCUGCCACUGCUACAGAUGGCCAUGGUGCUGCAACAACGGCGCCCAUUGCAAAGCCAGGGCUCCCCCCAACGCUCGAACCACCGCAGGUCAGUAUCAUCAAGAAGGGCAUCGACAAGGGAAUCGGUCCGACUCACUCAGGAUGUACUUGCUGUGGUGGAUAUCGUCAAGCUCAAGAGACGCACACGCGGCCACCACCGCCUCCCAUACGAGACAGGAUGGCAGCACCUCCACCCACCACGCAACUGCCGCCUAUCCCAGGACAGGCAAAGCAAGCAGCGUCUGUGCCUAUGCAACGUGAGGAGGCUGUCUCUCCAGAGACUUUCACUACUGGCGAACCUAUUGUCUGUUGA